AUGCAGCAUCCAGUUGCAGGGGCAAUGUUCCCUCCCAAGGCUUUACCACCAGAACCACACUUACCCUUUUACAGCCCUUUGUAUCCUCCGUUUGCCCUGGGCAAUCCCCUUGUGUACGCAAAGCCAAUGAUUACUGGCUCAAGAAAGAGAGAAUGGACUGGUCCCGAGACAGACCGCAAGGAGUAUAGGGACACUGAAUUCGAAACACGCGAUCGAAAUGAAAGGUAUGUGUAUAUGUUGUCGUAAACUCUGGAUGGAUAAUAAGGAAUUCGAGAUAAUCCUUGAAACUAAACUACUUAACUUGAUUUAUACCGGAUAGCUCUAUCAGUUUUAAACUAUCCCCCCUCUGGAUAUCCAACAAGGGUCAUUUCUUAUUGAUCGAGCGUUACUGUAGGAGGAAAGCUAAACUAAACUAACUUUAUUUACCCUGGAUAGCUCUAUCAGUUUUACAUUGUUUCCCCAGUAAGGGUAAUAUAAACUAAAUUAAGUUUGGAUACCAACUGUGAAUAACUUGUAUCCUGAUUAAAUAUUACAAAAUUUCAAACGUUAUGAUGAUGCUAAAUAAUUUGAAUACUAUGAAUCUGCCUUCUUGAAAAUAACCAGCCUUUAAGUUCCAACUUGGAGGUCAAGUUCUUGACAGUUGUUAUUGUAAUUAGUAACAAUGACAGACAUUUGCUGUAUACUUACUUUCAUGGUUCUUGGAUGCCAACAUUUAUGGUAACCAGUAUCCAGAAAUGGGAUUCUGAGAUGGGAUACUAAAACUUUAAAUCGUGGUAUUUCAGCAGGGUACUGAAAAAAAAUUUAAAUUUCAGACCCUGUUUUUGUAGGUGGAAAUUACGAGCCGAAUUUCCAUGUACAAAAACCCUUCAACAUUCAGUUAUAUCGGAGCGAGAUGCCCAAAAUUUAAAAUAAACUAUAACAUUGUGUAUUCUAUUGCCGUACAGUUGGUUGAAGCGAGGUGACGACAGAGAUGAGAAGCGAUUAAGAUACAAUGAAGAGUUAAUGAACCCUCGUAUCCUGUUUCAUAUUGAACCGUCGUAUCCCGUUUCUCCUAGUAGAGGAAGAGAAGAAAGCGAAACAGGUCGUGUUUCCAAAAUUGUCGAUCCAAAGAGAAUGGAGGUUGCUCCGUGCGAUAUGUCACGUGAACAGCGUGCGCUAUCACGCGGACAUCAAUCAUGUGAGUACCAGGAGUCACGUGGGCAGCAAUUAUGUGAACUUGAGUCACGUGAACGGGAGCAACGCUUACGGAAUCAAAGUUCCGAGAAAGUUGAUGUGAAAUUCGAGGAAAGGGAACGACGUCGAUACGAAGCUGCAGUAAACGAACACUUACGCGCGGGUAGGCAUUUUGAUUCCCGGCUGAUCAUAAAUUCAGGACUUGUAGACGACCGGAGAAUCGAGGCCCGGCUGUAUGCUGCUAACGGAAAUCUCCGCGGAAUUGAGCCCAGAAAGUAUGACCCGCGCAUAAGAGAAAGUGUGGACGUGAAGUCUAAAAGAAAUUUGGAUGAACAAAGCGAUGAAAACCAUCGUUCAAAAGAACACGUUCCUCAUUGGAACGAGAGAUCGAAUGAUCGGACCUUGCCGGAACAUCUUCGGGUUUUCUACAACGAUGACGGGCGGCCACGAAGUGCACAUCAAUGUAGUACUCGGAGCGUGUCGCCUCAAGUGAAUGGUGCCGAUGGUAAACAGAACAGAUCAGAAAUAAAAUUCCGCGGGCUUGAUACAGCUAGUCAUCCCGAAACUACUGAAGCCAAGAGAAAUGAAUCGGGAAAUACAAUUGGGCAAUCUAUGCCAUCAAAAACUCCUUCUCCCCUUAAUACUGAUGACGUUGUCGUUUCCAAGCGCAACCGCAGUAACGAGUCGAGUCUCUCGCCCAGUGUUUCGAGGCUUGGAACUGAAUCAUCAGUUGGCAAUGCAAUGAGAACAGGAUUUGGUAACCUGGUUAUGACCCCAAGUGGCGCUGGGUACCCUAACUUACAAAUGCUCAAUUCAGACCAGCAGUUAAUCUUGACUGAAUAUGAAGGGAGGUUCCCGAUGUUAUUUCCCAUGCCUAAUGGCAUGUUUUCUCAUCCUGGACUAGACCCCAGCCACGGGCUGAACGAAUAUAUGUUAAAACCUUGGAGGGAGAUGUCGCAAGGUAUUGAUAUAUUAUUAUGA